UACUACACCUGGUGAAAGCGAGGCGUUGCGAUCAACAAUCAUGGCGGGUGUGGAGGAAAAUUCCAGCGCAGUUUUGCAAGGGAUCGCUCGGCAUGUUAACUGUUUGAAAGAAGACAACAGAAAUACAAGGAAGAGAGCAUUAGAAGACAUUAAAAAAGAUACCCAAGGAAGAAAUCCUGCUUUUGAGGCUUCUGAACUACAACUUGUCUUCUCAGAACUUCUGAAACCACUGCUGAAAGGAUUUUCUGAUCCGGUCGAAAAAUGUCGCGAGUUAAGCAUUGGUAUUGUUCAGUGGUUUCUGGAGAACGUGCCAUGUCCCGAAGAGAGCCUGUCCUAUGUGUUCCCAAUACUUGUCCAAAGACUUGGUCAGCAAGAAAUUGUGGAAUCGUCCGAAGAAAUUCGAUUCAAGCUUGUCGAAUUGUUCAUUGCUACUGAUAAAGCUGGACCAAAAUUGCCAGUCUAUUUAGAUGACAGUAUAAAAGUUCUUCAGAGAACACUUGUCGAUCCAUAUCCAGAAGUGAAGAAGGAAAGCUGUAAGUGCGCCUCAGAAAUAGCCAAAACUGUGCCGCAAUAUUUCUAUUCGACUUCAGAGCAUUUAAUAAAACCUCUGCUUCUGUCCAUUACACAUCAACACUCCAAAAUUCGAGCAUUGGUUGUGGAAACUUUAGGUGAUGUAAUCCGCUAUGGCCAUAAUAAGUCAGUGGAUCAAGUAACCAGCCAUUUUGCUCAGCGUCUGUUCGAUCAAGUUCCAAUGGUGAGAAAAGCAGUGACACAGGUUGUGGGAAUGUGGCUGCUAGACCUUCCUGAUCGCUACUCCUUCCAUCACCUGUUGGUACCAUUGCUACUAACCAGUAUUACUGAUGACCAGCCUGAGAUUUGUGAACUCGCUGACUCUCUCUGGCAUGAUGUUGGCAUAAAGUAUGAACAAGAGAAUGAAGACGAUUUUAAAGAUAAGCAAGAUUUUGUGGCACCACCACCUUCACAUUAUCCACCUCAUGUUGAGCGCCCCAAUAUUGGCUGCCGAGUGUUGGUAAACCGUCAUGCCUCCAAGAUCUUGCCUGGGCUUAUGCGUGACAUUUGCGAUUGGGUAGUAGAGACUCGGAUCAAAUCUGCAAAACUGUUGUACACAUUAUUGAUUAAUUUGGAAGAGUAUACGACACAGCACAUUGAAAUCCUUAUUAGCGGCAUGAGCAAGGCCAGCCUUGACGAGGAAAAACGUGUAGUAGAAGAGGUAAAUAAAAGUGCAGAACUUGUUGGCUACUUUGUGAGGCCAGAUAUGUGGUGCAAGGUCAUGCUAAAGACUCUGAGAAUGAACCAGUCCUAUGGAAACCUUUUCAUUAUGGCGGGCAUCCUACGAGGUUCCCUGGCAUCUGAGCUGCUGCCAUAUUUGGAGGAUAUCUCUACUUUGCUAACCAGCCCUGAAGUGUGUCAUACUGCACAGGUUGAGGUUCUCACCCAGUUACUUGCAUGUGUUGAGGCACUCGUUAAGGUCAUGCAGUCUGAGACUGCAGUCAUCAGCCAGAAACUUUUUGACCUGAUCAUCACCGUCAUGGCACUGACAAAUGAUGGGACAGUCAGGGAUAAGGCAACAAAGUUGAUACAAGAUAUCACAGUAGCACAGGGUCUUGGAUGUAAAGAUGAGUUCUUCCGUCAACACACUCACCCCCUGCUUCAGUCCUUUGGAGACAGCUACAUAGCUUGGACAAACCACUCACCAGAACGCCAUAUCUUCAACACUUUGUUGAUAGAAGCAGGUCCUGUAGUGGGAGAGCUGUUAGAAGAAAUUGUAGCAAUAUUUAAAAGCUGCCUUAAACCUGAAAAAGAUCCUGAGGUGCGGUUGAAGUCUUUUGCCUUGCUGUCUCAGCUCAUGAUGAAUGCAGCAGACACACUCAAUUCUCAACAGAGGUUUGAAGAGUUUGCAGUAGUCAUUGUGAAGGAUGUUGUGCUGCCUAAUUGCGUAUGGCAGGCUGGACGCACAGCUGCUGCAGUCAGAACAGCAGCUGUGUCUUGUUUGUGGGCCUUGCUUCAGAGUUCUGUACUGACAUCAGACAAGUUGGAGCCUGUAGCAGAAGAAUUGAUCACUCAAAUGAUCACUACAAUGGAUGACGACAACAAGAGCACAAGACUGAUAAGCUGUCGAGUGCUGACACGCACCUUCGACACAAUGGGCAAUGCUUUGGAUCAAGAUCGCCUCCACAACCUCUACCCUGAACUGCUCAAGCGGCUUGAUGACAGCAGUGAUGAAAUACGCAUGAUGGUGACUCGCACCUUUUUAGCGUACUUUGACUGCUUUCAAAAUAAGUAUGAUGUGGGCCUGUACAGAGCUCACCUGGAGGCUCUGUACAAAGGUCUCCUUGUGCACCUGGAUGAUCCUGAGGAGAAGAUACAAGAAGGAGUGCUGGAGGUUCUGAAAAAAGCCGGUCAGCUUCAUCCAAACCUUCUUCUUCAAGAAGUUGAAAAUGUAAAACACAAGCACCGAGACCCAAAAUUUUGUAACAGGCUUAUACAGCACAUGCAAGCAGUCCUUGCUGCUGGAUCUAACUGAAAAUAUAUUUCAGAGCAUUUGGUUUAAAUGUUUUGCAGCUGGAAAGCAUUCAUUGAGUAUGAAAGCACAUUUAUGUCAUGCCCAUAACAUUUAUCAUUUAUUCUUGCAUGAUUAUUUUAUAUAGACUUUAAAUCUUCAUUGUUACCUUCCCUUAUACGAAUAAAAGUGUUGAAAGUGAG